AUGAAUACCUUGGGUAGCAUGGACCGUGUGAAUGAGCUUACAAAAUUCGAAGAGUUUCCAGCUGAAAUUUUUCAUAUCAUCUUCGAUUAUUUAAGUGGUGAUGAUAUUCUUAGAUCAUUUUUGUAUCUUAAUAAACGUUUUAAUUCUCUUACUAAACAACUUCGUUUAAAUACAGUUGAAAUUUCAGCAUGGACAUGUCGAGAUAUAACAAGUUUUUUUAAAAAUGUUUCAAAUUAUAUAUCAUUACACUGUCACUCAUUCAAAUUAACAAAUCAACAUUCUCGUACUGGUUCUUGUUCGGCAAAUAUCGAAUUUAUAUUGUCAACCGUUCUUGACUCUUAUCAGUUGAAAUGUCUUUUAAAAAAUUUACAACAAUUAAUUUACAUUCGUCCAAUUAUUGACACAGCCAUCUGCUUACCUGAUAUCAUUCUUCAAUCAUUUAUUGUUCAUUCUUUCGUUGAUAAAAUUAUUUUUAGAAAAACAUUUUCUCACGAUAAACUUGAUUGUUUGAUGAUAUGUAGUAAUACAGUGAUGAGAACAUUAUUAGUAGAUCACGGUGGAAUUUAUAAUCAAAUGCUAGUCAGUUAUCAAAAUCCAAUCAUUCAAACAAUAAUAUCAUAUGUAAAACAUUUGAAAUUGUAUAUAGAUAAUUAUAAUCGACAAUGGGUUUACAUGUCACCAUUUGUUGUUGAUACAUUAUCUGAAUUGACUCUUCUCAUAAUUGAUGAUCAAUUCGAAUAUUAUCAUGGCCAAUUAUUUAGUUCAUUACUGUCAAAUAUAGCAGAUAAAUGCCAUAUUCAUUUCUUUUUACAAUUCAUUCCAAGUAAUCUUAUAAUAAAUUACGAUAUUGAUAUAUUGGCACAAAGUUUCCAAAAUGAAUUUUAUACACAACAUCAAGCGAAUGUAACAAUUGCUUAUUGUCGAAAUUUUUCACUUGGCGAAGGUUUUCCUUUACUCAUAUAUACAUCACCAUUUUGUGCAUCAAAGAUUACAUUAAUUAAUAAUCAAAAUAUCAUAGGUGUUUGUUCUGAUUAUCGAAGUCUAACUCGAUUAAUAUUCGAUCCAUGUUUUCCAAAUUAUCCGAGUAUAAUUCCAUCAAGUAAUCAAAUAAAUUGUUUAACAAAUUUAACAUCCUUAGAAUUGAUACAUACACCUCGAUAUAAUUUUAAUCGAAUGGCAAUUCCAUCAAAUACUAUUCUUCGACAAGUUAUUUCAAAUAUUCGUCAUAUACACUUUAUUAGUGAUCAAUGUUCAUCGUAUUUAAUAAAAUAUAUUUUACCCUUAUACAAAUUUCAAUGUUUACGUUAUCUUGAUAUCACUAACAACGAUUUGAAUUGUUCGAUAUUAAAUGAUAUUCUUCAUCAAAGUGAUUUUUGUGCAAAUAUUUUUCAUUUAAAUAUAUCCGGUUUGUGUUGUUUAAGAGACGUACAUAUAAAAGAGAUUGGUCUUAAAUUUCCUAAAUUACAAACAUUAAAAUUUUCUAUGAAAUUUAUUUCAUCAUUUAAUGAACAAUUAGAUACAAUCGGUCAAUCUAUUUUAAUUAAAAUGCGUUCUCAUUUACAUUAUUUACAUAUUUAUUUUCAAUAUGAAAAUUUAUUAAUUAUGUCCAUGAUACCAAGUGAAAGUCAAUUAAGUGAAUGGUUAGGUUAUAAUCAAAAACGAUUAUUACAUGUGCAAGCAAUUGAACUUAAUCGAAAUGAAUUAUCUGCUUGGCUGUGA